GUUGCCUCCCUUCAAUCAAUUUUCGAUCAAGGACAAGUGUGAGAAGAUGCUUGGGUCAGGGAUGAGAGGUCGUGCCCUGCAGGGGGCGUGGCUAGUUCUUCACAAGCACCUGCGACAGAUACAGACAAGCGGCAUACAAGCAGCAGCGGCUGCUGAUGUCAAGCCAUUCUUCUACCAGGACAUCUUUGAACAUGAGAAGAAAACAGAAGUCCCGUGGAAAAAAUUAUCAGGUGAUAAUGUUUCAACGUUUGAUGUGAAGGGAAGAAAGGUUCUUCACGUAGAGCCUGCAGCCUUGACCUUGCUGGCUGAGACCGCCAUGAUUGACAUUUCCCAUCUCCUUCGACCCGGACAUCUCCAGCAACUGUCGAAUAUCCUGAAAGAUCCUGAAGCCUCCAGUAAUGACAAGUUUGUGGCUCUUGAAUUGCUGAAGAACGCAAAUGUUGCUGCUGGGAUGGUUCUGCCUGGUUGCCAGGAUACGGGAACAGCUAUCUGCAUCGGUAAGAAAGGUCAGUACGUGUGGACGGAGGGGAGGGAUGAGGAUGCUCUCUCCAGGGGAAUCUACAACACGUACACCAAGAGGAACCUCAGGUAUUCACAGGUGGCGCCACUGGACAUGUUUAACGAGGUCAACACCAAGACAAACCUGCCGGCCCAGAUCGAGCUGUACGCCACUGACUCCUCUCAGUACGACUUCCUGUUUAUGGCCAAGGGAGGUGGCUCAGCAAAUAAGACUUUUCUCUAUCAACAAACAAAAGCUUUGCUAAAUCCUGAAAGACUUAUGAAGUUUGUCGAUGAAAAAAUUAAGACAUUAGGUACAGCAGCCUGCCCUCCCUAUCAUCUGGCCAUUGUUAUCGGAGGAACGUCAGCAGAACUCACGCUGAAAACAGUCAAGCUGGCCUCGACACGCUACCUGGACACACUCCCCUCAUCAGGCAAUGACCAUGGCCGAGCUUUCCGCGACCUUGAACUUGAGCAGCAAAUCCACAAACUGACACAGAAAAUGGGGAUUGGGGCACAGUUUGGAGGCAAAUAUUUCUGUCACGAUGUCCGAGUCAUCCGCCUACCGAGACAUGGAGCUUCCUGUCCUGUUGGUAUUGGAGUGUCAUGUUCAGCAGACAGACAGGCUCUUGGCAAAAUAACGGAAGAGGGCGUGUUUCUAGAACAGCUUGAGAUUGAUCCCAUCAAGUACCUUCCAGAGAUCGAGACAAAGGACCUUGGAGGCGAGGUCGUGCAGGUGAAUCUGAACCGACCAAUGAGUGAAGUGCUGCAACAACUUGACCAGUAUCCAAUCAAAACUCGCCUGACUCUGACGGGGACACUGGUGGUUGCGCGGGACAUCGCCCACGCCAAGCUGCAGGAGAGGUUAGACAAGGGGGAAGAGAUGCCGCAGUAUAUGAAGGAUCACCCAGUCUACUACGCCGGUCCUGCCAAAACACCAAAAGGAUAUGCAAGUGGAUCAUUUGGGCCGACGACAGCAGGCAGGAUGGACUCCUAUGUGAACGCCUUCCAAGCUGCAGGGGGCAGCAAGGUCAUGUUGGCCAAGGGCAACCGCAGUCGCCAGGUAACCAAAGCAUGCAAGAGCCAUGGAGGCUUCUACCUGGGAUCCAUCGGGGGUCCAGCAGCCAUCUUGGCCGAGAACUGCAUCAAGAAUGUUGAAGUCCUGGAAUAUCCUGAACUUGGUAUGGAGGCAAUAUGGCGGGUGGAGGUGGAGAAUUUCCCAGCAUUCAUUGUGGUGGACAAUAAAGGAAAUGACUUUUUCCAGGAAUGGCAGCUGGAGUAAUGUGAAGGACACUCUGUGAAGUGGGAUACUUUGGGGGUACUUUGUGGCGGAUACUUACUUUGUGGAGAAGGCUGCUUCAUGAAUUCAUGCUUCACAAGGGAGGAAAAUUAAUGAAUACUUCAUAACUAAGGAUACUAAGAAAUACUUUGUGAAGCAGGAUACUGACUAUUUUGAAAAGGAUACUUUAGAAAUAUUUCUUAAAGAAUGGUACUUAAUGAAUACUUCAAUGAGAAUUCUUCAAGAAUGUCAUAAGAAUUUUUCAUGGCUAUUUUGAUAAGGACUCUUCGAGAAUACUUUGAUAAGGAUUCUUCAUGAAAAUCUCGAUAAGGAUUCUUCAUCAUGAAGAAAAUCUCGAUAAGGAUUCUUCAUGAAAAUCUCGAUAAGGAUUCUUCAUGAAUACUUCAAUAAGGAUUCUUCAUCUAUACUUUGAUAAGGAUUCUUCAUGAAAAUCUCGAAAAGGAUUCUUCAUGAAAAUCUCGAUAAGGAUUCUUCAUGAAUACUUCAAUAAGGAUUCUUCAUCUAUACUUUGAUAAGGAUUCUUCAUGAACAUCUCAAUAAGGAUUCUUCAUGAAUACUUUGAUAAAGAUUCAUGAAUACUUCAAUUCGGAUUCUUCAUGAAUACUACAAAUGAAGUCUUCAUGAAUAUUUCAUAAGGUAUGAUGUAAAAAAACUGGCCAGGUUUGUGAUACUGUUGACUGUUAUGUGUGAAUGAUCAGUGAUUGGAUCAUGUAGAAUGAAACAUGUAUAUUGUGGUUCAAAUACAAAUUGUACCUAUC